ACCACGUCGCCAGAUAACGACGUGUAGCAAUGAUGACAUUUCCGUCAUGCACAAAGAAAUAAUUUCUUUUAUUCCAUCAAGAAUUUCGUAUCAACGUUUUUAUCUAUACUGAAUUGCUUCCAAGUCAAUGGUAGCCGUAAUUACGGCGGUUUGUGUGGGAACAGCAUUGUCAUACCACUGAUCUGAGUUGUGGUCGCGUGAGGACCUUGAAGUUUGUCUGAAAGUUCCAUCCAAGUAAUACUCAUACCGACUACCGCGUAAAGCUGUUUACAAGAGGUAAAUAUGUCAAUUUAGCCGAUAUACUUUAGCGAAGGAAAGCAAUACUCGACAUCAAAUAGUACAGGACGUGGUUGGGGGAACUCUCUAAUACCAUGGAUACUUGACAUUGACCAAAAAAAUAGUGUUUUAAAGAUUGAAUCAUUCAUCGGUUCCUUAUUCUCUAACCUCUCAGCAGUUGCAUGACACGACACAUGAAAACUUGAGCACGAAAGGUUGAAAUAUCCGAUAUAUCAAGUAGAUACAUCGACCAAGAGCUGACGAAUUUUACACAUAGCAGCUUAGUACAAGUAAAAUGAGUAAUUCUUCUGGAAUAGGUUAUCCGAAUGGGUCGUACCCGUCUUACCCACAGCUAGUACCAUGGUACCUUAAUGAAUAUAAUGUUAGCAUGGUGAUCCUUUACGUCCUCGUAAUCACGGCCACUAUCGUUGGCAAUCUUCUGAUCAUUGCUGCUGUUUGUAUAAACAUCAAGCUUCGCAAGAAUGUGGCAUCCUACUUUAUCGUCUCUCUCGCUGUAGCAGAUUUAUGUACUGGCUGUUUUUCUAUGUCGUUUGAUCUCGAAACCUUUAUAACCUACGGACGAUGGAAACACGGGGAGGUGUUUUGCAGCAUUUGGAGUACAGCCUACCUCAUUACCGUACCAAUAUCGAUAUGGAACCUCUUUGUUUUGAGUAUAGAACGAUACAAGACCCUUAAAAACCCCUGGGAUCGCUUCAGAGUGACCCCUUUCAUGACACCAAGACGAGCGUUGCUAGUAAUAGCCAUGUUAUGGUCCUACUCGUUGACGUUCGCUAUGAUACCUUUGAUGGGAUGGAACUAUGAACCACCGAAGAAAAUCGCCCAUUUUUGUUCUUUCAAAGUCAGUCCCAGCUAUGCUAUUUUUAGCGCCUUUUUAAACUUUUAUUUUCCAAUGUUUGCGAUGUGUUUCAUAUACUAUAAGAUCUACGAGAUCGCGCGAACACAAUACUUGAUGCCCACAGGGCUCGCGGUGAAAGGCAAUUCCAUGCCCUCAAGAACAGCUGGGAAUGAACAGUUACCAGAAGAACCACAACAGCGCCAAAGCAUGAACUGUGGACGUCGAUACGACUAUGAAUCCUGCAAGGCGAGCGGUUCUUUCAAGAAUGAUGUAAAUGAAAAAGGAGUUUCUAAUCUUGGUUUACAGAUAGAGAACGCUGAUAAGGGAGAUCGCACCAAGACAUUCAUUGAGGUUAUGGAAGACUCAGAUAAUGGCUUAAAUCAAAUAGACCAAAACGACGAAGGAAUUACACAAGAUAUCAAGGAUGACGGACAUAACGAGAGCGACAUGGUUGAGGAUGUCAGUCAGGCCCGACUAGAGGAAGUUACUUUACAAGUAAAAGAAGAAGAAGAAGAAGAAGAAAAAGAAGAAGAAGAAGAAGAAGAAGAAGAAGAAGGAGAAGAAGAAAAAGAGAUAGAAAGAGGAAAGAUCCCUGAAGAAAGCCCACAAAAGAAAGAUCAAUCAACAGAUCUAACAAACCUCGAUGACCCCGAAGAUUUAGUCGAUCAAAAUAUACAAAAUGUGGAAGAAAAGAAAAACUCUGCAGGUUUGUGUGAUGUAGAAGAAAAUCACCAUGGGCUUGCCUUACCCAUUCAGGCUGUGGCGUCACAACAAGACGCGAAGACCGAAGACAAUAACGAGGAACAGAUAGAGAAAGAUGUGUCACAAGACACGACAGAUGUCACCCCAAAGGAUGAACCACUAGAUUUAGAAGACCAAAAAAAAAUCGCAAAGUCAUGUUCAACUAGUGAAGACAAAUAUGAUGAUGGUACAUGUUGCAGUGGAGAACAGCAAGAGGGCGUUGGCGGCUUCCCGGAUAAGUCGCCCAGCCAUGCUGUCGUUUCUAUCGAAAUGAAAACCUACUUAAGAAAUAAGGUAUUGACGAAUGAAGAUCGAGAAAAAUCUUCAAGUCGUGAUUCCUUACAAAGUACAUGUACUCUCCAAUCAACGCUUCCUGAUGGUAGCAGCAGCGUGCUGGCUCGAGGCGAACAUAUGCACGAGAUAUCAUCCUCUAGGGACACCCUCAAUAGCCAAUUUGAAUCAAUGGAAUACUUAACGAAAAGAAGAAAAAUAUAUGUGAAGAAUAGGAAAGCCGCGCGCACCAUCUGCAUCAUUGUGAGCGCUUUUCUAGUUUGUUGGAUGCCAUACAAUACGUUUAGCAUAGUAAUGAAUAUCUGCCAGAAAAGAUGCUACGCUCCAUUAGUGUUUCAAGUCUCGCAGAUUCUCUUAUACUUUGGAUAUCUAAACUCGAUUCUUAAUCCUAUAAUAUUUAGCUAUCAAAACGUCCAAUUUAGGAAAGCAUACCGGAUGAUACUAAGAAAAGUCUUCCCGUGUCUGAAAAUCAGCGUCAAUUAGGAUGAUUUAAGCUGUGUGUGUCUAGAUCUAUCACCGGCAAAGCAAGUGGUAGAAAACGUGUUUUCCCUAUUACGAUGAACUGAUAAGAUUUGAAUUAAAAGUUGAAAGGAUUUUUCUAAAAGUUAAUUUACGUAGUCAAAUUAUGUUAGCCUUUCUAACUAAACCGCUAAAUGAUGACGUUAGAGUUUGUCUGUUUUUUAUUCAGGCUCCUAUAGAUGGCUUGCGGCCGGAUAAUUGAUGAUUUCUUUUCAAAUUAAUCAACUUAUGGUACUAUAACUCCCAUAAAAACAUGUUUUUAGAUCAGUUGAAAGCUGUUUAUUGAUAUGACGUUAGGUUAGAAUAUGAGCUUAGAGCUAGGGACAUAGACAGGUUAAUUUUUUGCUAUUUUUUUUUUGACGUAUAUAGGCAUGUGUUAGCCACAACUUGAAAGGCAUUGCUUCAUCUGGAACGCGCGCAACGCGGUUAUAGUGAAACGUGCUCAAUGUAGAAUAUGUUGUAUGCCGGGAAAAUUCUGUAGCAGUUUUAUUCCGCAAGUUAUUAGUUAGUCAGUACUAAUACAAGAUACUAAACAAAAGACUACUGACUGGUUAGGUAGUGAGUGUAACACGUGGUCGUUUUAAUACCAAAACAAUGACUUUUACUUUACAACUGUAACCAUGAAUAACGAAAAAGGCUUUUAUACACUCGCCUCUUACCUCUUGGGUACCCGGCCCCCACACCUGACUCCGGCGAUUUCUGGCAUCGACAUGUAAAUAAGUCUGAUAAUUUGUUAGAUCUUCUCCUUGAUUCGAGGGUUUUUCUCCGGGUUCUCAGGUUUUCCUCUCACCGCCAGACCUUACAAGCUUAUAAUUUAGCCGUGCCCUGACUUUGUUCAGCGCAGAGGUAUUCAGGGUCGAUAAGAUUUCAAACAACUUUUAAUAAAUGUUAAUAAAAAAUAAUAAAAAAUGUCUAUUAAGGUUAUUAAACAGAUAAAAACAUGA